AUGAGGAGAUAUCAACUUUUAUUUUUCAUUUUUUGUAAUCUUAUUGAGUAUUCAAAAGGUGAUGUACCUGAUUUUAUUUCGGCUUUCGGACUGACAGUUUGCUCUUCAACUAAAUUGAGUGAUCAACUCUAUGAAGUUGUUGUUUCUACACCUGAGGUUUUGGACAAUCAAACAAUUCGAAUUCUUCUUCCAAAUGAUUAUUUCACCAGUGGUAAUACCCGUCGUUACCCGGUUCUUUAUCUAUUACACGGAGCGACCGGCGGUGCAGCUGACUGGACAGGUGCAGCUGAAGAAAUAACUGGAAAUGCAUCAUUGAUUAAAGUCAUGCCAAAUGGUGGUCGAUUUGGAUUUUAUACAAAUUGGGUUAUUCCAGGUAGUCUCUAUCCACAAAAUUGGCGAACAUUUCAUAUGGAACAAUUAGUUCCAUGGAUUGAUGUGAAUUUACGAACGGUAGCAAAAAAACAAGGUCGUGCUAUUGCUGGUCUUUCCAUGGGUGGUUAUGGUGCGAUUCACUAUGCUCAAUUAUACNUUCCAGGUAGUCUCUAUCCACAAAAUUGGCGAACAUUUCAUAUGGAACAAUUAGUUCCAUGGAUUGAUGUGAAUUUACGAACGGUAGCAAAAAAACAAGGUCGUGCUAUUGCUGGUCUUUCCAUGGGUGGUUAUGGUGCGAUUCACUAUGCUCAAUUAUACACGAAUAACUUUAUUUAUGCAGCCAGUUUUUCCGGUGCUGUGGAUAUAUUUGAUCCUCCAGUUCAAAAUCUCAUUCUUCAUUUAACAACGAUAGACGACAAACCGCUCGUUGGUCCAUUCGGUUAUCCUUCUGAGCCUUUAAUUUCUAAUGGGUGGUUUGUUCAAAAUACCCUUACUCGAGCUGCACAAUUACGUGAUAUCAACAUCGCACUUUACAAUGGAAAUAAUGAUUAUAUUGAUUCGGCUUUCCUUCCAGGUUGUUCUCGUUUGCAUGAUUUAUUGGUUGUAUUCAACAUAUCUGUUUAUUUUAAUGAUUAUGGUGAUGGAAAAUCCAUCGGACAUGGUUGUGAUGGAAAACAUGACUGGGCAUGUUGGAAAGCGUCACUUAUCGACGUUUUACCUCGAAUUAUGGCUGUUCUACAACAACAGUAUUGA